AUAGGCCUAUAGAAUUUUGACCAAAUGGCGGAGACACUUCAGAUGAUUAUCGACUGUGACCCGGGAACGGACGAUGCUGUGGCUAUCAUGAUGGCACUAUCUCAGCCCAGCAUAGACCUACUGGCCAUCACGUGUGUGACUGGGAACACACCGCUGAAUAAUGUGCUCCAUAAUGCACUCAGGGUGCUGAGAGUUUGCAACAGGACAGACAUUCCUGUAUACAGAGGUGCAGACAAAUCCCUUCUAGACCUGAGCUACACAACUGCACAUGAUGUGCAUGGCUCCGAUGGGCUAGGGGGCGUGGUCGACCCAGACCCGCCCAGUCUUGACCUCGUCCAAUCAGAACACGCCGUCCACGCCAUGCUGCGUCUGACCAAGGAGCGUCCCGGUCAGGUGACCAUGCUGGCCAUCGGACCGCUGACCAAUCUAGCCCUGGCCCAACGGAUGGAUCCGGAGUUCACCGGUAGACUGAAGAAGCUGGUAAUCAUGGGCGGCAACACAGAGGGUACUGGGAGCGAGACCGAUGCGGCCGAGUUCAAUUUCUACACGGAUCCUGAAGCAGCUCACAUUGUGACAAGUGAGGUUCAGUGUCCUACAGUAGUCAUAGGAUGGGAGACCUGCAUAAACAAUGGACUACCUUGGGAUUGGUUUGACAAAUGGUCUGGUACCCCGACUGCCAAGGGCAAAUUCGUGAGUGCCAUCCUGCAUGGCUCGUUCGUGGCCUUCGAGCAGAGCCGGAGGGCGCUGUUCAAAGUGUGCGACGCCUUAGCGAUGGCCGUGGCCAUCCGGCCAGAGAUGGUCCUGGAGGCUGUCACCUGCCCAAUCAUGGUGGAGCUACAUGGUCAUGUGACCAGGGGUCAGAUGGUCCAGAGAAUCAAGAACACAGAGGGCCUUCCCUUGGGGCCAACGGUCGAGGUGGUGAUCCGUUGUGACACUGAAAUACUUAAACAGCUGUUUGAGGACACUCUUGCUGAAUAAUUACUAGGUGCAUAAGAGGGUCAAAGUAGUCACUUUUUAUCAAAACUGACUGCAUAGGCACAAUGGAUGUGCUUGCCAUAUGCACUUGGAAUGCACUUACUACUACACUUGUUCUGCCAAAUGUUAAAUUGCUGAUAAAAUGCCAUCACAUGCAAAUUCAAAUGAAUGCCUUGAAGCACUGUACACUAUAUUUGGAAAGAAUGUAGAAUCCAGACGCCACUUCUUUGGUUAUGUACAAAGACUAUGGAGAGUUGCAUGCAUUUUUUAAGUGUUUUCUAACAAAAUUGGAAAUGUUUCUCUGUCCCAGAUUCAUGUCUUUUCCACAUUUUUGUGGUGACUGACCUUCAUUGCGAUAAUAUAAGGUGAAAAAAGUGGCGUCAGCAUGCAACAUUCUUUCCCUAUAUUUUUUCUAAUUAAACUUUGUGUUAAACUUUUAAACAAUCUUAAUAUUAUCAAAAAAGAACUGAGUGCAGUCAUUUUGCUGUAAACAAAAUAUCUUUUUGUUAAUUGAAGUGUGGAAUGAUGAACUGUUGAGACAGAGUACAAUGUAUACCAAAGACAAUUACAAAACAAAAGAAUGCA